UACCCCGGGCCGCGUCGGACAAUAAACAAACUUUGCCGAACUUUUUGUGAUAAAUUUUGGUGCAGAGUAAUCUGUUGGUAACUUUACGGACAGCAUGGGUCGCCGGAAAUCGAAAAGAAAGCCACCGCCAAAACGAAAGAACAUCGAGCCGCUCGACCAGCAGUUCAACUGCCCGUUCUGCAAUCACGAGAAAUCCUGCGAGGUGAAGAUGGACAAGAGUAAAAACUCAGCGAAAAUAUUGUGCCGCGUGUGCAUGGAAGAGUAUCAAACGCAGAUAAAUUUCCUAUCGGAACCGGUAGAUGUUUACAAUGAUUGGGUCGACGCGUGUGAGACUGCCAACUAAGAGCGACGCGAAAUAUAGCUGCGUUUGGUGGCUAGCAAGCGUGUGUAUAGGAUAAGCAUAAGUUCUCUAUUAUAUCUAACGAAAAUAAAUCAUUGUCCUAAGGUGUAACGCUAAA